AUGCGCAGAAGGGGGUGUGAGCGUUCUGGAGUUCUCCUUUCCAACGCGGGGCGCAGGCAUGGCGAACCGGGGCUACGUGCUGUGCAGCUGGAGGGAGCGACUGUGGCCGGCGAAGGUUUUGCUUAAACCUGGGCUUGCUGAGGAACCAUCUGUAACUAACACACAGGAGACUUUGGAGGUUGAGAUAGUUGGCUUAAAAGAAAAGAUUAGUGUGAAGCAGGCAGAUGCUGUACCACUGGAGGAAGCACGCAUAGAGGACAUCGUCUCUAACUUAAAUGAAAAGAAGGAUCCUAAUGAGGCCGUGGAAGAACUGAAAUAUCGCUGUGCCCUGAAAACUGCCCUGGAUUCAUUGAAAGAGAAUGUACCAGCCAGACAAGUGCCACCUUCAAAAGAGGGACCGAGUACUCGGUUAUCCCAGGCAAACAAGGCCAGAUCUCUCUCAUCUUCCCCCUUCACCGGCCGUCAGUCACUCUCUAAAGAAAAGUUGAAGUCUGAGACCCCCAGCAGGAAAAGAAAACAGAGAAAUAGCCCCAGCCUGAAGACUGGUACAAGAAGCCAAAACCUGAAGUGUUCUUUCAUUCCGGAGGAGAGUCCUGGAGCAAAUGAAAAUGGAACAAAACCCUCAAAGCGUAGUACUGGGGACUUGUGCAAUACAUCAGACUUGGGCAGUCAAAAUUGCACGGUGACAGGGUCACCACUGUUAUCAAGAGAGAAAAAACUCAAGCCCAGAUUGUUGAAAAAAUCCCUAACGAGUAAUAAACUCUCACUUAAGCCAAAGGAGGAGAAAAGUAAGCGAGGAAGGAAAAGAGCAAGAGGUGCAGGAUCACCCGUGUCACUUACAAAUGGUUCCCCCAAAGAGCAAGGGCAGCCUCCUGCUGAGGGUGCUUCUCUGUCUGCAUCCUGCAACGCUGGCCCAGUGGGACCUGAGAGGAGCAGGAUGAGCACCAGGCAACAACCAAAAAAGAUGGUACUGUGCUCGUCCUCCAGAAACACCUCUGUCUUGGAGAAGAGCACUGGAAGCGAGGCUAAAAAUGGAGCGAAACAGGUAAACGGGAGGAAAAGGACAAGGAGUUUGAAACAACUGAGAGGAAAACGAGAGACCAGUGCAACCGUGUCCUCACACAGAAAAAGGGGGUGCAGAAAUGGCCCCAGGCCUCCAGCUGGGCUGUCUGAUGGCUUUCCCUCUCAGCUGCAAGAGGAGGAGGAGGAGAAUGAGGAUGUGCCCCCUGUGGUUAUGAACCAAGCAAAGGAGUUCCACCUGCCCGACUUUGAGGAGGAGGAAGGACUGGAGCCUUCUGGGCUGUCUUCUGAGCAAGUGUUCUCGGAGAAACUAUCUCAGCUCUCAGACCUGGUAGAUGAUGACGACGAUGAGGAGGAACUUCCCAGUAUUCUGUCUCAUCAAGAACCAGAAUCAAUUGACGAAGGGAUUUUGGUGUGGUGCAAGUGGCAAAGAUACCCAUACUGGCCUGCAGUGGUGAAGAACGUGAAGCGGAAACACAGAAAGGCAAACGUGUUCUUCAUAGAGGGGAAUACAGGUGACAAGAAGAGAAGUUUCUCAGUAUCUCUCCGGAACCUGAAACACUUUGACUGUGAAGAAAAGCAGGACCUCAUAGACCAAGCCAAAAAGGACUAUCGCCAGGAAAUUGAGUGGUGUAUUCAAUUGAUUUCUGACUAUCGGAUCAGAGUGGGUUGCCAUUCAUUUACGGGAUCCUUCUUGGAAUAUUUUGCUGAUGAUAUCAGCUACCCGGUCAGGAAGCAGUACCGUCAGAGCUUCGUGGAGAUGACCUUUCCCAACGGAGCAGAGGAAGAUCUCGAGGAGUCUGCAUUAGAAACCUCACCUCAGAAGCCCUCCAGGAAGCUGCUCCCCGACAGAACGAGGGCUGCCAGAGACAAAGCCAAUAAAAAGAUCGUGGAGUUCAUCGUGAAGACCAAGGGAGCAGAAGAGCAUCUCCUGGCUAUUCUGAAGUGCAGGAAAGAGUCCCGGUGGAUGAAGGACUUCCUGAGUUCACGUCAGUACGGAAGCUGCGUUGAAACUUACUUGGAGGAUGAAGAACAGUUGGACCUGGUGGUGAACUACUUGAAGGAAGUGGCGUGUCACGAAGGAGACACUGCAAAUCUCCAGCGGCUACACGGAGAUGGAGUGAAAUUUAUUUUAGAUGUCCUUUUGCCUGAAGCCAUCAUUUAUGCGAUUUCUGCCGUGGAUGACAUAGACUACAAAAAGGCAGAAGAGAAAUACAUGAAAGGACCGUCUGUGAGCAAGAGGGAGAGGGAAAAAUUCGAUGAAGAAAUACUGGAAAGGAGAUGGCUUCAGAGCGAGCUGGUGGCCGCAGACAGCGUGUGAAUGGCAGCUUCCCAGUUCUGCCAGCACUGCGUGCAUCUCCACAAGACGUGGCCGUGCCAAUGCUGUGUUACCACCCAAUAGAGUUGUACCUUCAGUCCUUGUUCUCAUCUCUGUGUCCCGGACCGUGCUGCUGCUGCUGCUGCUGCUGGAAGCGUCGUGAGCCGUGCACGGGUGCUGCUGCUCUGUGCCCUUCACAUGGGCUUGGUGGGGAAGCAGCCUCUGCUCUGCUGUAACGCUGCCUCCCAUUGACUUGCUGACCCCAUCUCUGCCUGAGGGAGGGCUGCUGGCCUCGGAAGAGCACGGCCUCAGGUUGUGCCUUGCGGCGCUCGCUGCCUGCUGCUCGCACAGAGCGCCCAGCCCGGGGCUGGGACCGUGUUGGUGCUUUUCCUUUCUCUGUCACUAAAGGUGUGGGGAAUAAAAUUGGUUCUGAGUGGA